GUUUUUGGCUUUCCCCCUCAGCUUUAUAUAUAUGAAUAUGUAUGUAUUUCUGUUGAGAAAAUGAUUAAAGUUAAAGUUAAAGUAAAGUUUAAUAUUCGCGGAAAAACUGAGUACAAUGUCUCAAAAUAACUUAGGAGGGAUUACCUUAGUUAGAGGGCCUAUAUGGGGGAUUCACUCUCUUACCUUGAUAACCCCUUGGUUAGGAGUUAUUUCUGAGGGUCCCCAGAAAACAAAACUCUCUCUGUAACAUCUGCGGAAGAAACUGGAUACCAUGUCUAAAAUACCUUUAGAGGGAUUACCUUGGGUGUAAGGCCUAUAUGGAGAAUUCACCCUCUUACCUUGAUCUUCUCCUGUGCAGUAUAAAUAUUAUUGUCCCUGCUACAGGGUAUGAACAUUUUCGUUAGGCUGCGUUCGGAGAAAGGCACUAUGAAGGCACUCGGUGAAGCCAACACGUGAUUAGAUCACCGCACCUCUCACGUAAAUAUACUGGAACCAAAAAUUAAACACAAGUUAACAAGAUAAGCAUGAAGAGUUGGUAAAAUGUAUUUUCCCUUCUAUUUAAUGUCGCUGCACGAUCUUUCUUUAGUGGCGUGGUCAGUAUAGAUGUUGUGCUCAGUGAUAUUGACAUCAACCAGUGUGAUGAUCAGGACUCCUCUGAAGCCGAUGAUGGAGAAAACGGUGGAAUAGACUAUACGCCGGGUAAUUUAAUGGAGUUUAUGGGAACUCACCUCUGCAAGCCAUCCACGAAGUGUCAAACUAUCGCCAACCAAGGAUUCAAAAGAGGAAGCUAUAUUUGCACGUGCAGGCGCGGCUAUUAUUUUCCGGAACGUCGUGCACCUUUAAAAGCCUUCAACGGAACCCUUAUCGAGCUUGAACACGACCGAAAGUUGCGAGGAGAACCGAACUCUUACGAAGAUAGCUUCGAGUGCAUUCGUUGCAGCACUGGGUGUGACGAGUGCGUUGACGACAGUCCAUGCCUUUACAGCCGGAAGAUUGUGAUCAGAUUGACGUUGUGUGCUCUCAAUGGCGUUAUCAUGGGCGUGACGGUAGCGUUUGCGGUGUACGUAGGACUGCACUGGAAGGACACGGUAUGCGAUAGGUACUUUGUAUAAUCAGUCAUGAAAUCACGUUACCAGUGUUGCUACAGGUUAGGAAGUGAUCAGGGAAAAGGAGAUUUUCCAAGGUAAGGGAAAAGUCAGGGAAGUUUAUUUCGAGUCAGUGAAAAUUGACAUUUUAUAGAAAAGUCAGGGGAAAUUGUUUGAAAUAAUUAAACAUACCUGAUUAAAUGCCAUUGAAGGCUGCAAGAAACAUUUGGGGUCAUUUAGUGUGUUUUUCCUCGUGAAGAAUGAAAAUCUGUUGGAACCUUAUCCGGCUGCAGUGUGUAGAUCUGACAUUUUGUCUUUAUUUGGUCAGGGAAAUGUUCUUUUUAUCAGGGAGAAAUCG